GAAUCAUAGUUAAAUACUGCGCGUAUUUACUUUAAGUGUUAUCUAAAGAGCUGACUCAGCGAUGACGUUUUUCGCUUCCAAUAUAAAAUGUCACAUUCCGUAGGAUAAACUCAGUUCUGUUGCAACAGCGACUUGUAACGAAGUAAUAACAUUUUGCAGAAAGGGCCACAAUAACUUUGCAAAUUGACUAAUAUGGACCAUCUAGCAUUACAUCUAGCAGCAAUGAGUGGAGACAUUUCGGUCGUGACAUCGCUGAUUGCUGCUGGGACAGAGGUGAAUAACAAAUCGAAGGACCAGACAACUGCAUUACAUAAAGCAGCGUCAAGAGGACACAGCGCAGUUGUGAAGGCGCUGCUCGAUGCCGGGGCGGUGGUAGACGCGAAAGCUGCUAACCAAUCGACUCCCUUGCACUGGGCAGCUCUUGGAGGGCAUUCUGCGGUAAUGAGAGCGCUGCUGGACGCCGGAGCCGCGGUGGAUAUAAAAGAUGAAAACAAGUGUACCGCUUUACAUUGUGCCGCCGUGAGAGGGCACUCUGCGGCGGUCAGAGCUCUGCUUGAUGGUGGAGCUGCAGUGGAUAUAAAAAAUAAGGCCCAGUCCACUGCUCUACAUCUUGCAGCAGAAGAAGGGCACGCCGCAGUAGUGAAAGUGCUGCUGGAUGCCGGUGCCGCGGUGGACUCCAAAGAUGAAACCCAGUCUACUGCUUUACAUAUGGCAGCGGCUAGAGCACACUCUGCAGUGCUGGAAGAACUCCUUGAUGCUGGCGCCGCGCUGGACAUAAAGGAUAAGAACCAAUCCACUGCCUUACAUUGGGCAGCAGCUAGAGGACACGCUGGAGUGGUGAAGAUGCUCCUUGAUGCCGGAGCGGGGGUGGAUACGAAAGGUCAUGAGAAGCGUACUGCCUUACAUGUUGCAGCGCAAGAGGGGCACGUUUCAGUGGUAAGAGCGCUGCUUGAUGGGGGAGCGUCGGUAGAUAUAAAAGAUAAAAACAAGUGUACUCCCUUACAUCAUGCAGCAUUGAGUGGGCAUACUGAAGUGUUGAAACUGUUGCUGGAUGGAGGUGCGGCAGCAGAUAUGAAAAAUAAAUACCAUCUGACUCCGUUAUACUGUGGUGUGAUGGGAGGGCACCCUUCCGUAGUGGCGGUACUGAUUGAUGCUGGUUGUAAUGUUCAGCCUGAACUGAGUAUGAAUGGUAAUGAGAAGGUUGAGAAGUGGACCCCCUUACAUUUUGCAGCAGCGACAGGACACACUGCAAUGGUAACAAAGCUGAUUGAUGCCGGAGCCACGGUGGACAUAAAAGAUAAGGAACAGUCCACAGCCUUACAUCUUGCGGCAGACGGAGGACACGCCGCAGUGGUAAAAGCGCUGCUCAAUGCCGGAGCGACUGUGGAUAUGAAAGAUCAGUACCAGAACACUGCUUUACAUUAUGCAGCGGUGGGAGAUAAAAAUGGAGUGGGGACGAUACUUAAUGCCGAGACGUCCUCGGUUAUGGGCAUGCCUCUACUUGAUGCAGACCUGGCCUCGAAUAUGUCUCUUCUUGGUCUCGGAACUCCCUCACAUCAAAUUAAUGUGCGAGAAUACACUGCAGUAGUGGAAGCGCUGCUUGAUGCUGGGGCGUCGUUGGAAAUGAAAGGUCGUGAACAGAGGACGGCUUUGCAUUAUGCAGCAUUUGGAGGAUUCAGUUCAGGAGCGGCGGUUCUGCUGGACCGCGGAGCAGACCCGGCGGCGAGGGCAGACAAGGGCUGCACUCCGCUAAUGGAAGCGUCCCGAUCAGGCGUCCUGGCAGUGGUGGAGCUGCUCCUCGACCGCGGGGCUCUAGUUAAUGCUAGCAGCGAUUUGGGAUGGACUGCCUUACAUUACGCCGCCGAGGGAUGGCACCGGAGAAUUGUAGUGAUGCCGCAGCAGGUCGAUGGCAGGGCGGCGGCGAACAAGAGAGGGCAGGGCCCACCCGCUGCGUUACAUCCAGCAGUCCAGCUGAGGCAGUCGGCAGUAGCGUUAGUUCUGUUGGGCCGCGGAGCUGACCCGGCAGCGAAGGCAGUCAGCGGCUGGACACCGCUGAUGGUGGCGGCUCGAACCGGCAAUUCGGCCGUCGUGCGGCUGCUCGUCGAGCGCGGGGCUCAACUGAAUGACAGGGAUCGUUUUAGGCUGACUGCCUUAGGCCAUGCCAAAAGGAACAACCGCAAAGAUGUAGCGGCCUAUCUGAGGUCCAUGGGCGGGGUCGAAUGACGUCACAGUCUGCGCGUCUUCAGGCUGUACGAGUGGAUUACUGCAGAACUGUGAUUUAUUAUUUUAUAAACUUUUCUAAAUAUUUAAUGUAGUAUUCUAUUUUUACUCUGUUUUUCUUAAUAUAGGUUAAGAUAUUUUGUUUUUC